AAAGCUGUAGGGGUGACUAUGGAAUUGUAAAUUACUGUGAAGUUUUCUUGAGUGAGGGUUCUGUGUCUACUGUGAUCAGUUCUAAAAUAAUUCUUCCUUCUUCUCUCAUUCAUCUCCAUAUCCUUUCUUGUUCGAUUUCACAUCUCAUCCUCAUCUCGACGAACAAACUAACGCCAUGGGAGAUAGUCAAUACUCAUUUUCUCUCACUACCUUCAGUCCUUCUGGAAAGCUUGUUCAGAUCGAGUAUGCCUUAAUGGCUGUUGGAUCUGGUCAGACAUCUCUAGGAAUCAAAGCGGCCAAUGGUGUUGUAAUUGCAACUGAGAAGAAGUUGCCAUCAAUCUUGGUCGACGAAACAUCCGUUCAAAAGAUACAAUCUUUGACUCCAAACAUUGGAGUUGUAUACAGUGGGAUGGGUCCCGAUUCUCGAGUUUUGGUUCGUAAAAGUAGGAAGCAGGCGCAACAGUAUUACAGAUUAUACAAAGAACCAAUCCCUGUUACACAACUUGUCAGAGAAACUGCUGCUGUCAUGCAAGAGUUUACUCAAUCUGGGGGUGUAAGACCUUUCGGAGUUUCCCUACUUGUUGCUGGUUUUGAUGACAGUGGUCCACAGUUGUAUCAGGUGGAUCCAUCAGGUUCAUACUUUUCAUGGAAAGCAUCAGCAAUGGGGAAAAAUGUCUCUAAUGCUAAGACAUUUCUUGAGAAGAGGUACACUGAUGAUAUGGAGCUUGAAGAUGCUAUUCACACGGCCAUUUUGACUCUGAAAGAAGGGUUUGAAGGACAGAUUUCAGGCAAAAACAUUGAAAUCGGAAUUAUCGGAAACGAUAAAACUUUCAGAGUGUUGACCUCGGCCGAAAUUGAAGACUACUUGGCAGAAGUAGAGUAACUGUGUGCACUUUUUCUGUAAUCUAUUUAAACUUUCUGCUUCAUUUGGUAUUCUCUGUUCAGUUGCCAGUUGAAAGUAAAAGUGCAAAUGGUACUAAGCUCUUCUCGUCACUUUGAUAUUGGAGCUUGAAAAAUAUAAUUAGGUUUUGUAUUUUCAUUUAUAUCAUAUCUAAAUUUCCUGAGAAUAUAAAUCAUAAUUAUCCAGAA